AUAAACAAAAACAACUAUAAGGCGCAAUGUCAAAAGGAAUGGAGAUCAAGGGCAUUGCCCUGGGCAUUAGCGGUUGGAUCGUUAGCAUUGUCACUGGCGCUCUCCCGAUGUGGCGUGGCACAUCCCUUGUUAAUGCACAAACCCUCACAGAUCAAAACAUUCUGAACCUAACGCAGGAACGUCUGGCUCCCAGAGCCAUGUCGGUCAUUGUGAUCAUCUUGGCCAUGCUGGGCGUGAUGAACUACAUGAUAGGCACCAAAUGCACUAAAUGCACCAAUUGUAUUAUGAAAGCUAAAGUGAUGAUCAGCUCUGGUGUGAUGUUCAUUAGUGCUGGAAUCAUGGAGCUCAUUUCGGUGGCCUGGGAGACAUACCUUACCAUUCGGGACACAAAAGAGCUUGAGGCGUCCAUCUAUGUAGGGUUUGCUGCUGCUGCUCUGAUAUUGAUUGGAGGAGCUUUGCUGUGCUGCACCUGUCCUGCAGAGGAGAGGAAGUUCAAGAUGCCAAGAAUGGGCGACUCUUGCUCCAUGGUCUGUCAGUGGUGGAUAUGAAAGAAUGUACCAUGUUUAACACUAAUUUCUUUUAGGAAAUA